AUGAAGAGGUUCGUUAAGACUGCCGUUGCGGCGGCCGCGGUUGUCGGCGUCACCGCUCAACCUCAUCACGGCCAUCGCCAUCUUCACGCCAAGAAGCACGACCAUCAGCACCUUCAGCAGCGCGAUACCGUGGUUGUCACUAAAGUUGUCCAGGGCCCAACUGUCACCGAGUAUUGGCUGGAUGGUAAGAAGAUCGAUGCUGAGCAGGCGGAGAAGGGCAUCGAGAAUGGCGAUUUCUACGUUGUCGGCUCGUCGAAGCCGACUUUCACCGCGCCUCCUCCGAUCGUUAGCACCUCGUUGGCGGGUCCUGAGCACGGUGGUCAAUUCUUUGAGAAGGCUACAUCUGAGCCAACGACGACGAGCACCUCAACCAGUACCAGCAGUACAUCGACCUCUUCGACACCUACUCCUGAGCCUACCAAGGAGGCUCCCAAACCGUCGGGCCCCAAGGGUCUCGAUGCCGAUUUCCCCAGCGGCAAGGUUCCAUGCAGCAAGGUCCCGACUGAGUAUGGCGCUAUUGAGAUUCCCUGGUCGGGCACCGAUGGUUGGACCACCAUCAUUUCGGUUGGAAAGCUGAUCAAGGGCGUCGCUCUUGACAACAUUUAUACAGCUGUGAGCGGUGGCUGCAAGCCUGGUGACCUGUGCUCAUAUGCCUGCCCUCCUGGCUACCAGAAGACUCAGUGGCCUGAGGAGUCUCAGGGUGCUACUGGCCAGUCCGUCGGCGGCCUGUACUGCAACGAAGACGGAUUCUUGGAGCUUACUCGUCCUAAGUACACCAAGCUCUGCGAGCCGGGUGCCGGAGGCGUUUUCGUCAGGAAUGAGCUUUCUGGCAAUGCUGCAGUCUGCCGUACCGAUUAUCCGGGCAAUGAGAACAUGAUCAUCCCGCUCGACACGUAUCCCGGCAACACCUACCCUUUGACCAACCCUGAUUCGAAGACGUACUACCGCUGGAAGGGCAUGCCGACGACUGCUCAGUAUUAUGUCAACAACGAGGGUGUCGAGGUUGAGGAGGCUUGCACCUGGCGCAGCUCCAAGUACCCCGAGUCUGCCGGCAACUGGGCGCCGACCAACAUUGGUGUCGGCAAGAGCGAGGACGGCAUUACGUAUAUCUCAAUCUUCCCCAACCUCCCCACCAGCAAUGCUGUUCUUAACUUCGACAUUGAAAUCAUCGGUGACAUCUCGGGCACAUGCUAUCUCAAGAGUGGCAAGUACUACGGCAGCUCGACUGGUUGCACGGUCGGCAUGCGCGAGGGCGGCACGGCCACCAUUGUCUUCAAGAAGAGCUCUUGA